UAUCGAUGAAAUACGGAGCUCUGCUGCUCGGGACACCCAUAGUCGUUUAUUCAAUGUGAUGUAUUACUGUCAUAUGUGGGCCGAUUUCUUUUAUCAGACCAGUUUGCGACAAGAGGAUCCCUCAGUUUAGUUUACAUUGGGAGAGUGCCACCCUGGAUGUCGCUGUUUCGGCCAAAUGUCAUUGAGCUCGCGAACAUUUCACCCGCCUGUUAAAGUGUGAACAUGAGGAGUAUAUGUACAUAGAAAUGGAGGAUGAUGUAAAGAAAGUUAAAAAGCCUGGCAUCGUAUCUCCGUUUAAGCGCGUCUUUCUGAAGGGGGAGAAGGGACGGGAUAAGAAGGUCCAGGAGAAGGCGGUGGAGCGACGGGCUCUUCACACCUUCUCCCUCUCUCUCCCUGAUCACCGCAUCGACCCUGACAUCCUGCUCAAUGACUACAUCGAAAAGGAGGUCAAGUACCUGGGCCAGCUGACGUCGGUGCCUGGCUAUCUCAACCCCUCCAGUCGGACCGAAGUCCUACAGCUCAUCGACAAUGCAAGGAAGUCACACCAGCUGGCGGCGCAGUUGACGGCCGAGCAGGACGCGGUCGUGAGCCUGUCGGCGUACAAUGUGAAGCUGGUGUGGCGUGACGGGGAGGACAUCAUCCUGCGCGUUCCCAUCCACGACAUCGCCGCCGUCUCCUACAUCCGCGAUGACUCGCUGCACCUGGUGGUGCUAAAGACAGCCCAGGAUGCUGGAGGUUCUCCAUGUCCCAGUUCGUGUCCAGAGCUGUCCAAAUCCCCUACGCUCAGCUCGCUGUCUGAGAGUGGCGCUGUGUUAGUGGAAGUGUGUUGUCUGCUGGUACUGGCAGUGGAGAACAAGGCAGCGGCCGAGGAACUCUGUCUGCUCCUGGGGCAGGUCUUUCAGAUCGUCUACACGGAAUCUACCAUCGACUUCUUGGACCGGGCCAUCUUUGACGGGGCCACCACACCGACCCGGCAUCUGUCUCUCUACAGUGAUGACUCUUCAAGCAAAGUGGACGUCAAAGAGGCCUUUGAAGCAGAGACUAGUGCUUUCUCAUUCCAGAGUUCUCUGGAGGCGGGAGGCCAUUCGCCCUAUCCUUCUCCCUCCUCAACCCCAGCUUCACCUCAGACCAAAACAGCCAGUGAGAGUGAACUGAGUGCUACAGCUGCUGAACUGCUGCAGGACUACAUGACCACGCUGAGGACGAAACUGUCCUCUCAGGAGAUCCAGCAGUUUGCCACUCUUCUGCAUGAGUAUCGUAACGGUGCCUCCAUCCAUGAGUUCUGCAUCAAUCUGCGACAACUCUACGGCGACAGCAGGAAGUUCCUCCUACUGGGCUUGAGGCCCUUUAUCCCAGAGAAGGACAGCCAGCACUUUGAGAACUUUCUGGAGACCAUCGGCGUGAAGGACGGCCGCGGCAUCAUCACCGACAGCUUUGGGCGAUACAGACGGACCGCCAGCUCCGCCUCGGACUCCACCACCAACGGGAACGGAGCGGCGGGGGGCGCGGACGAAGGCCCGGCGAACUCCGAAGGCGACGAGUGGGACCGUAUGAUCUCGGACAUUAGCAACGACAUCGAGGCCUUAGGGUGUAGCAUGGACCAGGACGGGGUGUCGCCAUGACGACGGCGCGCCGUGGCCUCGCGGCGGUGUCGCCAUGACGACGGCACGCCGCAGCAGUAGUAGCAGCAGUAAUACUAGCGUGGGCUUUUGAGUCUGAGCAUAUGCUGGAACGGAGACAGUGUAGCAGUCAGCUUUCAGCCCCGGCUGACACAUGACUGCUUUGCUGUUAUUCAGUAUGGAUAACAGUUAAUCUGAAGAGUCCCAUUGUUUGUUUUUGUUUGUUUGUUUGUCUGAGUAGGUGUGGAUAAACACAUGUCCCUCUGUGAACAUUUAUCGGCAGCAUCUGCCGUCUGCUAGAAGGAGCUUGACCCUGAAGUCCCUGAAGCCUAGAGUCCUCUCCCAGUGCCUCUGGAAUCAUUUUGGAUUUGGAAUGUGGAUCAAAGGCAUCCAUUAUCUUUUCUUUUAACAUGAGGAGUUUUGUUUUGUUUUUCUUUGUUUGUUUGUUGAAAUGUCCUUUUGAGCUUUGAUUCCGCAAAGUUCAUUCCCUUUUUUCCAUUUGACAGCUUUAUGCUAACCCUGUUUGUGUGUAACUCUUUUUCUCUGUCAUUUAUAACAUUUAAAAAUGCUUCACUAUUAUAAUUUUUUCACUCACUGUUGGUUCUUUGCAUUAUGGAAGUUGUGAGACCCAGUGAUUUUGGAAACAUAGCUCUAUUUUUCUGAAAACACGGAGCGUUUGGAUAUGUCGACAAGGCUUUUGACUGGCUGAUUGAAAACGCGAUAUUUGUUACGCAUCAGAAGAAGAGGGAAAAGAAACACUUUCAUCAUGUCCACGAUUCUUAAUAUCUUUUCCAGACGUUCUGAGUGAGCUCAUUUUGUGCCUUGCAGGACAACUGCUCUUUGUAUCAUCCAACAGGGAUGUGAGAUUUAUUCUGUAGUCUGUACAGAACAUGGCUGAAGUGUGUAAGGUAUUAAAUAUCAUGUACAGUA